AUGGCUGCAUCCUGUGCUAAUUCCAAUAAUAACAAAGGUGGCUCACAGAUUGGCAUCAUUCUGUUGGGUAAUACUGGUGCCGGCAAGUCGUUCUUAGGUAAUAUUCUACUCGGCCGUGACGCAUUCAAAAAUGAAUGCAAUCCAAACUCCGUCACACAUGAAACGGAGUUUGAGACAUUCGUCAAUGAUGAUGAAUCCUAUGCCGUCUUCAACAUUCCUGGCCUGAUUGAAGGCGAUCAAACUGCUAUUGAUCGAAACAAACGAGAAAUCUACAAAGCAUUUGAACAACGUCCGAAUUCAGUGGUAGUUUUCAUUUUCGUUGGCGGAAGUAGUGGCCGAAUGCGUGAUGAGGAUCUCGUUGCGUUCAAUGCACUUCAUCAAGCAUUCAAAUUUAAGCCGCAAUCAUUAGUACUAAUUGUAAAUGAUUUACCGCCGCGUCGAUCAGAAAACUAUGAAGCAACCGUGACCGUCAGUCUGGAACGUUUGUUGAAGAUCUCUAAUCUCAAAGUUUGCUUUCUGGAUCGAAUCGACAACAAAAAUCAUGACGAAUGCAAUAGAGUUCGUACGAAAUUGAUUGAAUUUAUUAUCGGUCGAUCUACGCCAGAAUUACAUAAGAAAGAAGGUGAUAUCCAGCUACAUGUUGAUACCAUCGCCAAGUUGAAGGUGGAAUCAAAGGCUGCACAAGAGAAGCUUGAAAAUGAAAUCAACUCUUUGAGAGAUGUAAUUGCUGACAAAGAUCGCGAAUUCAAAGCUGCAGAAGAACAACGACAAAAAGAAUUCGAACACUUGAAAGAUGAAAUGAAACGAAAGGAUCAAAACCAUUCUCAAGAGAUUCAGAGUAUGCAACAUCGAAUAAAUACUCUGGAAAGUAUACCGCCACAAGUUAUUGUUAAGCAUGUAAAAAGAAAACAUUGGUGGAAGAAAUUGUAG